GAAGAAAAAAUUGAUCAAUUAAACAUAAUAUUUGCAAAUAUGAAUGCAGCUCAAGUUCAACAAAGCCCAAUUACACAAGUUGUUCCUAAACCACUUAUUAUGCCACAUUCAGUACCAACAAGUAAUCGAUGUGUGGCAAUUCAGCAUUCAAAAUAUGUUGAUAGUGAAAAUAAUUUAGAAAUCGUAAAUCCACCAGUUACAUACAGUAGACGUGAGACUAAACGUUACAAGUCUGCAACAGAGAAAACACAUCGGCAACCAUAUGCUUGUCGUACCUGUGGUCAGGUUGGUCACAAUAGCGCAAGGUGUGAGAAAAAAAGCAAUUAA